AUGGCACGAACAAGGGUUCCCUUGCUGUUUCUGGCGAGCACUCUACUCGCAAUUUGCUGCACUCCUAUUUCGACCUACAGGACCACGGAUUAUGCUCAUCAGUAAGUUCCUGCGCAGGUGUAAAUUUAAUGUGUAAUGUGCUUUAUAUGUAUAAUAGUUGAUGGCUUCGGUCAAAGGGUCUGUAAGCGUGUGCUAUGCCAGUAUCGGCAAACCAUGGCCCUCGCAACUUGGUAUGCGCUGGCAGUUCCCUAACACCUGAUUUCCUGCCGGUAGAUGCACUUGCGCUCCCGCUAAGUACACAGGUGGUAAGCAUGGCUUCCCAGUCAUCCUUGUCGCUACGGCCCCUGCUAGGGUAUUGUUGUUGUUGUUGACGGAAAAUCCUGGUCAUUUGCUGUAUGGACAAGAGGGGUUUGGUGGCACGCCUAGGUGCGGCUUUGGCCGUGCCAGCUACCUGCGCCCUCUUCGCACCUCCGGUCUUCUAGACUCUGUCUUGACACCGGGUCCAGGUGGGGAGUGGGGUAUACUGCGUGCGAUAGACGCUGUGCAAGUCUACUACCAUUAUAAACUCACGCACAAGUCACCGUCCAUUUUCUGUCUUGCUGUGGAGCACCAAGAUGGACAUCGUCGAAACCGACGGCCGAACUCUCGGCUGACAGUUUUACUUUAGUGGAUUCCAGACGUUGCAGCAGGUUUGGCGGGUUACACUCACGGUUCGAUAGAGCCUUGUAGCUCAGGUGACUAGAACAUUGGGUGUACUCAAGCUUUUCCCUUUCUGUGAUGGGUUUAAAUCCCACUGACUUCGCGGAGGUUUUCAUUCUAGAAUUAAACUAUAUUAUCCGAAGUCUGCCGAAAUACCUGUUAAUUACUUGAGCCGGUAGUCAUCUGGUAAGUUUCAGAUGAAUUAUUUUGGAAAUCUUGCUUAGGCAGUUAGCGUGCUGUAUCAGAUAUUGUAGAUUCUAUACGUUGUAGUAGAUUGGACGGGUAACUUAAAAUAUAUUCCUUACGGUAAAACGCGUAUUACAUAACAGACAUGAAGUAAACAAAAAUUACGCACUAUAUUUUUGUAGGAUAUCGUUGGUUUAAAUCCUACCGAGGUCGCAAAGUAUUUCACGGUCACAGUCAGCCAAAACACUUUUCAGUUAAAUGAGCCUGGUAGUCUUCUUUUGGAUUCAAGAUUGUUUACCUAGAAAGUCCUGUUUGAACAGUUAGCUUACUCUAGCACAUUUGGGAUGUGUGUCACAGUGCCCUGAGUGAGAGCAAGUCCGAUUCGGCCUUGAAGAUGAUUGGCCAAUCGGAAAUCUGUGAGUGGGUAAAAACUAGCCUGUCUCUGCAGGCGCCCAGAGUAACGUCACUACAACGUUUCACGCACGCCCUUCGGAGUGGGUAUUACACCCAUAAUUUGCUCGUGAAUUUGUUUAUAGGGAGACGGACUUGCGCGCUAUCGACCGCACUUCCUCCUGUCGCACCCAUCUUGUUACCAAAACGACUGGGUCCAGACGAGGGGGCAGCGGGUGACAAGACCCAACAGACCAUACGACCUGAUCUUCUCUCAGAAUGCAAGGGUUACUCCGAAUCCACAUGCUUGGAAUUCCACGAAGAUCACAUUAAGUAUGAGUAAUUGCAGCCUGACUCUCAGUUCUGUGAAAUAUUGGGAUAUACAGUCAGAUUUCAACCUUCCAAGCCGCUGUAAUGGAUUUAGGCUUGUCAGCUUGAUUUUAGUUAGGAGUGUGCCGAUUUGUGGUAGGGAUGGGUUUCCCAGUGCUGGUCGCCCUCGAUCUCCCCUCAUGUACCAGAAGACGGUGAGACACGGGCAUAGAUACGUCCCUAUGGCGGUUGGUUUUGGGCGAAGUUCCAUAUUUCCGUUGUCCACGGACACGCAGACACACUGAUGUUACGUAUGGCACGCCUAUUGGCCGCAACACGAUGCGUCAUGCUUGCGUUGUUUGCACACUUCAUCCGUGACUCAUUGUUAUCGAUCGGGCAAAUGGGACGGCGUCACGGCAACGUAGGUGCCAUGAUCACGUGACCAGUCCGGUGCGGUGAAAGGACUCGGGCUGUGUGGCUGUACCGGCAUUAGCGCAGCCUCGAGCAGGCCAGCGGCUGCAUUCGGAACUUGUGGACGUGUCAUCGCAUCAUGCAUAUUCAAAAGAUCGACACGCGUAGAACAACGCAUGCAUAAGGUCAUUUGCAUUAGCCAGGAUGCAUUGCUGAAAAUGCACCAGCAAAGCGGCGUUCACUAGGUAAAUGCAGCUUUUGGAGUCGAUCGGACAGCCUUAACGUAAAUCAGCAAGCAAAUACUCGAGCUGAGAGUACAAAACGGCCUCUGUCGCAUAAACAUUCUGCAGGACUCUUCUGGCGACAGCAUUGGGAAAAGCAGAAGCGACUCAAGGUUACUUACUCGUACUCAGGUCUGAUUGGCACCCUUAAGCACGAUAAUAAAAUCCCCAAACCGGAGACCUUAGUCAUACUAGCACUGCCUAGGGAGAGCUAACACAUCCUUAGUAAUCACUGGCUGAUUUACCAUACUCCCUGCUGGGGUAUUAGUUGAAGGCACGGACACGUAUUCCGCUGGUUUUGUACAUAACGGGACUGAGAUGGGUUCGCCAUGCGUCGGCACAAAAGUGAUGGAACACGUGUUCUGCCGGGAGUUCGGUGAGUCAUUCCGUGCUUGCGUACUACUGACUAACCGUUUGCAGCAUAUGAACGCUGAACAGUUAUUCUGUCGCGGCUGGUGGACUUUAGUUUGAGUGUUCAUAUUAACUUUAGGACCAGACCUGAGAUGGGCUGUGGCGCAUAAUUUUUAUCCCAGGCUCAUAUAUUAGUUUCGUGUGGAAGUAAAAACUUGUACACCCUCUUGGUAAGUCUUCGUCAAGGACAGCAGGUGUUGGGGGCCUGAGCAACAGGUGGGGACGAUUAUAAAAUGAACUGUCAUGUUACUGGAGACGCUUGAAACAAGUUGUAAUUCCCUGCGGACACGCUUAUGCAACAUACUAAGGACAACGCCGCGGAGACACAAGUGACAGUUUGGGUCUCCAGCCCGUAUCCUGCCCCGAAAUGAGGACAGAUCGGUGAACGUCACUCUCAUUCGACCUUGGAACCAGGAAGUGAGCAAUGCUACUAUGAGCCCCAUGUGGUUGCCCAUCGUUGUCCAGUUGUCAUAACCCUUAUGUCACGAAGUACAAUGAGUGACCGAUCUCAUGAAAUGCUGGCUGAAAUUCUGAAAUUCGUUUUCGAUUAGGAAGGAGUACUUGGUAGCGGUUGUAAUAAUGAUUAUCUUGCGGCAUAAUCUUAUAAUACUCCCGACUCGGCAGGAUGUCAGUUUUUAAAUAAACUGCUUUUCAAUCUCCUGUAGAAACCUUACUCAGCACAAAAUGACUACUUAAGUAGCGUGCAUUUUUCCCAUUGAUUUUCGAUGGUCUUGCAAAUUCAAAUAUAUCUUACAGAAACAAUAGAGAAUCACGUCAUCUUUACAUUUUGUACACAAGGAAGGAGUAUAAUUAGGCUUUAAAACGUUUUCUAAUUGCCGAAUAAUAUGGAAACUGAACAUUCGUUGCAUUAGCGCUUAGUGAUUUCAGUCUACAAGGCACAUGCGCUCCGCGUAAAGAAAAUCAAAUAUUUUUCUAUGCCGUUAAAAAGGUAUCACACAGAGUCCAUAAAAGUUUGCAAUGGAUGCGGACUUUGUUGUGCAUUUCAUGAGGAGCUGUGGUAGACGGUCAGGUACUAUGAUAUGUGAAUGGACAUUGCGAGGUCUUAAAAAUCUCAUAAUCAGAAACUUUUUUAAAACUAAAUUAUACCCCUUCCUUGAAUAUAAAAUAUAAAGAAGAUGUGAUUCUCUAUUUAUUGACUGAAAGUAAUUAUAUUUUGGUUUAUGGUUUCUAUAAGUUUUAUUUGAAUUUGCCAGACCAUCUAAAAUCAAUGAGGAAAGUGCAUGCUACGUAAGUGGUCGUUUUUACCGAGUGAGGUUCCUACAGGAGAUUGAAAAACAGUGUAUUCAAAAGCUGACAUCUUGCCGGGUCCGAAAUGUUAUAAGAUUAUGCCAGAAGAUAAUCAGCAUUACAACCGCAACCAAGUAAUCCUCCCUAAUAGAAAACGCAUUUAAGAAUUUCAGCCAGCAUUUCAUGAGAUCGGUCACUCACUGUACAACGAUUUACAAAUGGUAGAGUUGCAAUAUGAUUACACGGAUGAUGGUGCACUAAAGUCCAGGGUUCGGGUCCAAGCGCCCAUCUUGGCAAAAAGACGGACAGGUAAACAGAGAAGUCAGUACUUCAUCUUUUGACCGACAAGGUCCAUGUGACCAUUGGAUAUCUGAAGGUUGGAUUAGUCUCGAGCAUCUCUUCCAAGAGCUGUUCCACAUUUUUUGUUUAAAAUAACCCCUUUGGAUGAUCAAAUCAGAUUUCAGCUCCCGGGAAGGCGAUGAACGCACACAUUUGCUGGAAGAAACAUGUAGCGGUCAAAUUAUGGUAUGCGUCAAAGUUACCGAAGCCCUAAUGGCAGCCCCCGAAGGGGAUUUCUGAUGGAAAAGGAGCAUAAGUAAUGAUGAGGGAAAUACCACAGAAAGGUGCCGAACAAAGUUUCCAAAACAGGAUUUGCCUUUGUCAUUAUAAUAAUUGAGAGCAUAUUUUCUGAGUUCAGUCAGGGUCUACUAGAUUUUCGAUUCGUUUCGCGUAGUUUACAACGGAUUAGCUAACUCCACCAACUUCCACAAAACAGUUCCGCAAGCAGGCAAAUUUUGCCCAUAACGACAAGAUGGACACGCAGAUCUACGGGCUGGUUUCUAGAUGACAUGGUUUUAAAUUGAUACUGCAAACAUUUAAUCAGUUAUAUAUGUAUGAAUAACGAAGGUGAUGGCGCAAUGAAAGGAGGGGUCUCGCCGGGUCCAACGGGCCUUCUCCUUUCAUUAAGACAAAUAUGUUUGUGCACGUUUUUAAUAAACUGUGUUUGAAUUCAUAUGAGCAUUGGAAAGCGAUAAGAACAAUUUCUACUGCACAUGAACUCAUUUUGUAAGAAAUUCAGUUUGCACUGGCAGACGAAAACAAACUUAUUCAAAUGCUGACAUCCUGACGUUACUGAAAUAUCUGGGUAUUAUGUUGAACGGUUAUUAAUAUUACAAACCACCGACACGGAGUGUCGGGUGCGUUUUAGAAUUUCGGCUGACAUUUCAUGAGAUCGCAUAUCCAUUAUAUAUACAACCAUGAAGGUCAUGCACUUAAACGCCAGGAAUAUGGCAGAACUUAAAAAGUCUACGAAAAUAGUCAGAAACCACUUUUUUACGUUCCGCAGGUUUUCUCUAAAGACAAAGGAGGAUAAGCAGGAAACAGCCAAAAGAGAGGAGCAAAAUGGAAAUCCAAUUCGGGCAGAAAGUGAACUUCCGGCUGCUGCUGUUACACCGGAAGCUACGGUAAAUGACCAUGCCACAGGCACUCAAAUGACGACACAAAUCUCAGACAAAGGAGAAGGCCUGUUGCAAAAAUCGGUCGCUGCUGCGUUUCCGGGUUCGGAAAAAAAUGAAUCGACUAGCACGCAGGCAGAGAUGCAGAGACCCAGGGAGCAAAUCAGCGGACGCGGAGUGGUAAAAGCCAAUUUGGAUUUGAAAUCAGAAAAACGAAAGGGGAAAGACAAAGAGGAAGAAAAAGAAGAAGAAAAUGAUGAAGAAGAGGGAAAAGAAGAGGAAAAACAGGAAGAAGAAGAUGAAGAAGAAGAAGAAGAAGGAAAAGAAGAAAAAGAAGCAGAAGAAGAAAAAGAAGAAGAAGAAGAAGAAGAAAAGAAAGAGGAAGAGGUUGAAAAAGAAAAAGGGAAUGGGGAAGAACAGGGAAAAAGGGCGGAACAAGACGAGAAAGAGGAGGAGAAGGAAGAAAGGAGAAAAGAAGGAAAAGAAGAAGAUGAAGAAGAAGAAGAAGAAGAAGAAGAAGAAGACGAGGAUGAGGGCAAAGAUAAGGGAGAUGAGGAGAAAACAGCAAAAAAACAAAAACCUACUAAUGCUAUAAAAACAGAAAAAGUAAUUGAAGAAGUGAAAAAGGAAAAGUCGACAGUAAAGGAAAACAUGGUGGAUGUGCAAGUCGACGUAGCGCAUAACACUUCGCCAAGUCAGGUGGCGGCCGCGUAUCCCGUAUCCACUACACCGACGAUCCCUGCACGAUCGACAGUACACACCUGGAUUACGAGCUCGGACGACGGAUCUGUCAGUACGAUAGAUGUGCGAACCGAUAGAGUACACAUUCCCACGACAGGUCCUGCCGAUUUUUCUGGCCUCGUGGGGUCUUCAAUUGAACCCACUAAUUUGACAGCAUCUGAAGACGCUGAAGAGACUUCAGCGUCCCCCGCUGUCGCGCAUCGCGUGACAGCUACUCCGACAAUACCAAUACGAUCGACAGAACAGAGGUCGAGUCUGACUUUGGAUGACGGAUCUGCCAUGUUAACCGAUGCACCAGAGCAUCCAGAACUGUCAAAUUUCGUGGAAUCUUUAACAGAACCCACUGAUUUGGCAGCAUCUGAAAACAGUGAACAAUCUAUAACAUCUUCUGCGGUCACAGAUCCUGUCAUAACUACACCAACAAUUUCAGCAGAAUUAAAAGAAAAAAUUUCGAAUAUGGUGGUGGAUGACGUAUUCGCUAGUACUGCGAAUGUGCAAAUCGAUGCAUCACACAUUCCUCCAACAGAUUCGGCUGAUUUAUCGAGCAUCUUAGGAUCUUCGAUAGAAUCCACCGAUUCGGCAGCAGCUGAGAACGUUGAAGAGACUUUGUCGUCUCCCACGAUCUCGCAUCUGAUAGCAGCUACUUCGACAAUCCCUUCUCAAUCGACAGAACAGAGGUCGAGUUCGAUGAUGGACGAUAGAUCUGUCAGGACGUUGGAGGUGCAAACCGAUGAAGUGGAGCUUCUUACAACACGUCCUGCUGAUUUGACUGGCAUCUUAGGAUAUUCAGAUGAACCAACAGAUUUGGCGGCACCUGAGAACGCUGAAGAAACUCCGGCGUUUCCCACGAGUUCGCAUUUAGUGGCAGCUACUUUGACAAUCCCCUCCCAAUCGAUAGAACAAAGUUCGAGGUUAACUCUGGACGGCAGAUCGACCAGUACGACUGGUGUACAAACCGAUGCAGCACGCAUUUCCUCAACAGACUCCUCUGGUCUGUCGGACACUUUAGGAUCUUCAAUUGAACCUUCUGAUUUGGCAGCAUCUCAGAGCGCUGAAGAAGAAGCUUCGGCGUCCUCCACAAUCUCGCAUCUCUUGCCGACUAGACUGAAAAUUCCCGAUUCGUCAGGCAUCGCAGGAGCUUCAAUAGAACCCAUUGACCUGGCAAGGUCUGAGACCACUGAACACGCUUUAACGUCUACGGUCUUAAAUCCCGUUCCAGCCACUUCAGCAAUAUCCGCCCAGUCGACGGAACAGGGUUCGAGGUUGAAGUUGGAUGACGGAUCUGUCAGGACGCUAGACGUGCAGACCGAUGAACCACCGAUCCCCACAACAGGUCCUUUUGAUUUGACUGGGAUCUUAGAAUCCUCAGUUGAACCCACCGAUUUGGCGGCAUCUGCGAAUGUCGAAGAAGCUUCGGCGUCCCCCGCGAUCUCACAUCUCAUUCCAGCUACUUUAAAAAUCCCCUCCGAAUCGACAGAUAAGAUUUCGAGUUUAAUGCCGGACGGCGAAUCUGCCAGUACGAUAGAUGUACAAUCCGAUGCAUCAACCAUCGCCUUAGCGCAUCUCGUCGAUUUGGCUGGCAUGCUCGGAUCUUCAAACGAACCCAUCGAUUUGGCAGAAUCUGAGAACGCUAAGGAGGCUUCGGCGUCCUCCACUAUCUCGCAUCUAGUCACAGCUACACCGACAAUUCCGGAACAUCCGACAGAACACAGCUCGAGUCUAAUGUCAAGUGAGAGAUUUUCCAGCACUCUGGAAGUUCUACCGCGAAGUUCCCUCAGCAUCAGAUCAGUGAUUUCGUCCGAUAAGGCUGAUGGGCAUCAUCCACUUUUACCUGCUACUGACAAAAUUUCUGAUGAGGCCUCCACAUCUACUUUCGAUGGCGGAAAUUCGGUUACAACAACUGAUAUGCCUGUGUCCGGUGCCGAUGCCUUAACCGGCGUUUCAGAAUUAGGGCAUCAUUCUUCAAAUUCAGAUCGCUCAAGAGACGAACUCGUCCCUACAGAUAAACCCACGGUGCUGGCCGCUUCUGAAAACUCCUGGAAACAUCACGUGACUCAGUUCUAUGGAGGUCACCCCGAAGUUGCAUCAACAGUUUCAUCUGCCGUCGGGGAAGACAGUUCAAGUGCUGAUGUUGACAAAAGUUCGCAAAGCACCCAAGCAGCGUACACUGGUCAGACCCUAAUUUCGGAUCUGCCUGACGACAUUUUGGGGGUUUAUCAAGAAGGCGGAUUAUUGGCCAGUUCCCUGUAUAGUCCAGAACCGCCGGUGUAUCACAAUACUAAAGUUGCUGGGUCAGUUCCGUCAACUGUUUCACCUGUCAUCGGAGAGUGUACUUCGAGUACUUCACCGAGUAACUUAUACGUAUCCGUAGACCCAACUUUUGGAAAUCUGUCCCCAAUCCGCAGACAGUCGGACGCCAGCAUGAAAACUCUAAAAGAAGACACCCUUGCGUCCGUUUCUGAGCGACAUCAAGAGCGUCCCAUGUCUCCCAUGAGUGCUACAAAUGACGGUUCAAACCUAAAACAAGCGGGAAUUAAUUCUGUAACUCCAACCGAAACCACGGAGAAAACUCAACAGCUCCCAAUGUCUUCGACUGACGUUGAUUCCGGAGCGGUUAUGCAACAUGCUUCAUUGCCUACCAAAGAUCUCAUUUCGACUUUGGGUGUUCAAGAAGUUGCAGACAGUCCUCCUUCAACGACCGUCAGCAGCGUCAGCCCACGCUCAAAUUCUGACGAAGUUUCAUAUAACACCGUAGUCGUGUCUGCCGAAACUCACUCUCCAAACCCGGAGCAGUCGGUAGAAAAACUGGCAUCUGUUCAAGCUACAGUUCUGGCCGUAUCAGAGAACGCCCAGGAGCAUCGUGUUUCGACUACUGAUGAGGUCUCGGUUUCAGUUGCGCCAGCCAUUUCACUUGCCGUCGGAAAUAUCAGUUCGCUAUUGAACGUAGAAAACGGCGUAGUCACGUCCUCAGACACUGCAUCCAACAGUAAAGUGGGAAAUAUCUCGGGAAACUCAGAAGAACCCUCUGUUUUUACUACUGCCAAGGGCUAUGAAGAACAUUCGACAUCUGUUCCCUCCAUGAUAUCUGCAUCAUCUGAGUCAGUAGUCCAACAGAAUUCACCUUCUGGCCCCAGCAGUUUUGAGGGUUUUCUUAGCACCACUGCCGUCCAUCCAGAUUCACCAAUAUUCGCGAAUAAUUGGGGGUCGGAUGAGUCGAGAGAUGUUAGUGGUUCGUCGCAAGAAACUGCGAGUUCUUCCGGAUCUGAUGAUUUCCAGAACCAUCCCAUGUCUCUGUCUGUCACAGCGUACACAACAACUGAACCUACUCAGUCAUCGGACGUUAAGAAAGACAAUCACAGUUCAAACUUUGACGAAAGUGCUCGCAGUCCCCAGACAAUAACCGUAGUACCCAGAGAUCAGUCCUCAAACUUGGCACAGACAAGGGAUGACUUUGUGACUUUAGCAGAAUCGACCGCUCCGCCUACUUCUGAAUACCCUCGAGAACAAAAACUAUCGACUGAAGUUGCAGUUUCCAUGUCAGACGAGCUAAACGACGACUCACGAGGCGAGAUAAAUCUUUUCUCAAGCCCAGGUUUUGACGGAGGCUUGUCGGGCACUGAUGUGCCAUCGGAUCCCACUCUACUUGGCCCACCGCAGAUGAAAACUAUUGAUGAUUCGGCCAAUCCUGGUGGCUCUCAAGUGCAUUCAGUUGAUUCUGGUGUUACUGAUUUUACUUCUGCUCCAAUACAUAUUUCACCUGUGGCCAGCGAAACUACCUGGAUCUCAGAUGGUCAUGAAGGUUUCCCUGAAAGUGCCAACCUGUCAAAGACAGCCACAUCAGACAGUCAGCCUCCAUUCCCUGAAGCGGCGGAGGAUAAUUCUGAAACUCCUCUGGAACCCAAGCCUUUCACUACUUCAAAGUAUGUGUCAAAUGCCCCUACCGCUACAGCGGUCACUUCGAACCCGAAUGCUCACGAAGGUUCACCAGGCACCACUGAUGUACAGACGGAUGCAUCACUCAACGACCAAUCUUUCGGUCCCUACCAGUAUGGAACGGACAUAGGCAUUGCUUCCGAAUCCACUGAUUUUAGCGCCAUGGAGGGCCAUUUCACGCCUCCUAAUGCUUCAACUUUUAAGAAUUCGUACUCGUCCGUCGCAGAUAGUAGUUCUGAGGUUAUGGAAACUACUAUAAACCCGCAAACUGCUUCACCACCUAUUGGCCAGACUACAGGCGUUGACCUGUUUGACAAGAACGUGGGUGCCUCAGAAACACCCAGCUUUCCAGCUCACACCGGUACUCCUCAGACACAUGCAGUUGAGAUUUCAGCGUCAGAUGUGCCAACUCCCUCACAAUCCGCCGCCCACAAAAGUAAAACUGUCAGCUUCACGGGUGUCUUGGAAGACACCACAGGCGGAGCCGAAACCGUCAUUUACACUGAAUUUACCCCCGGUGUCGUCAGCAAUGCGGAUCAUGUUGAACAUGAGCCAAUGCUUUGA